GACACGUGCUGUGUGAUAUUAUAAAAUAUGCUGGAAAGAUCAAGUGUUAUUCGAUAGGUUUCAAGGAUGGCUAAAGGCAAGAAAGGAAAAUCUGCAAAAAAGGCAGAUUUGAAAAGCAGUAAAAAUGAUGUUGAAAGCGAUAUAGCAAUUGAAAGCCUAAAACGAAAAGCUGUGUCUGAUGAGGUAACUGACAACGAGGACACCCUGCCCCUGGAACAGGAUGACGAGGACACCUUGGAGAUCCUGGAUGAGAACAAGGCACUGGAUGAGUACGAGCAUGAUUCCUCGGACGAGGAGGAUGUCGAAAACACCAUCGGUGACGUGCCGCUGCAUUGGUAUGAGGACUACGACCACGUAGGCUAUACACGCGACGCCUGUCGCAUCCUGCGCGGCGCCUCACGCGGCGAGAUCGACUCUUUCCUGGAGAAGGUGGAGAACCCCGACUUUUGGCGCACGGUGAUCCGCCAGACCACGGGCCAGGAGGAGAAACUCACUGACGAGGACGUGGACAUGAUCGUGCGCCUCUCACAGGGCAAGUUCGCCACCUCUGCCGCGGACCCCGACACGCCGUGGGUGGACUUUUUCACACGUGACGUGAUGGAAAUGCCUCUUUCGGCGCGUCCCGAGCACAAACGAUCGUUCGUUCCCUCCCGCAUAGAGGCGCUCAAAGUGGCGAAGCUCGUGGACCACAUCAAGCGCGGUUUCCUGAAGCUGGACGAGGAGAAGGUGGAGAAGCCGCGCUUCUACCAGCUGUGGGGCGAGGACGGCAGCGCCGGCGAGAUGCGGCGCCUGUACCGGCCGCAGCCGGCGCCCAAGCUGCGCCUGCCGGGACACUCGGAGUCGUACCACCCGCCGCUCGAGUACCUGCCCACGGAGGCGGAGCGGGCCGAGCACGAGCGGCGACUGGAGGAGACGGGCAGCGCGCGCCCGCUGCCGCAGCUCUACCACUCGCUGCGCGCCGUGCCCGCAUACCCGGAAUUUAUCCAGGAGCGGUUCGAGCGCUGCCUGAACCUGUACCUGUGUCCGCGGAAAACGGUCACUAAGACACAGCUCUCCGGACCGGAGGAGCUGCUGCCGGAGCUGCCCGACAAGCGCGACCUGCAGCCGUACCCGACCCACUGUAACCAGCUGUACUCGGGCCACAAGAACAUUGUGCGCACCCUCAGUGUUGACCCGGGCGGCCAGUUCUUUGCCUCGGGCUCGGACGACAGCACCCUCCGGAUUUGGGAGAUCUCCACCGGCCGCUGCAUGAAGACGGUCGAGUUCAAGGAGCCGGUGACGGCGGUCGCGUGGAACCCCAACCCCAAACUGUCGGUGGUAGCGGCCGCGUCCGGGAAGCGGGUCUACAUGGUGAACCACGGCCUGGGCGACCGGGCGGCGGCGGCCAGCGCGGACGGCGUGUUCCGCGCGCCGCCCGAGCGGGACGACACGACGGUGCGCAGCCAGAAGGUGGGCUGCGCGUGGCGGCGCGCCUCCGAGGCCGAGUGGGCGCAGGGCAUCCGACUGACCAUCAACAUCAGUCGGCAGUGCAAGCAACUCAGCUGGCACGCCAAGGGCGACUACUUCGCCACGGUGGCGCCCGACGCGGGAAACACGUCCGUUCUCAUCCACCAGAUGUCGCGCUGGCGCUCACAGAUGCCGUUCCGAAAGACGCAGCGCGCGCAGGCGGCCGCCUUCCACCCGCUGCGGCCGUACUUCUUCGUGGCCACGCAGAACCACGUCAAGGUGUUCAACCUGGUCAAACAGGAGCUGAGCAAAAAGCUGUCAGGCGGUGCUAAGUGGAUCUCGAGCCUGGCCAUCCACCCGCGCGGUGACAACGUCGUGAUCGGCUCGUACGACCGGCGCGUGCACUGGUUUGACCUGGACCUCUCGAAGCUGCCCUGCCACCGGCUGCGGUUCCACGGCCAGGCGGUGCGCCAGGUGGCCUUCCACAGACGCUACCCGCUGCUGGCCUCCUGCGGCGACGACGGCAAGGUCAUGGUCUACCACGCCAGGGUGUACAACGACCUGAUGAAGAACGCCCUGGUGCUGCCGGUGAAGGUGCUCAAGGGCCACAGUCUGUACGACGACCUGGGCGUGCUCGACGUGGCCUUCCACCCGGAGCAGCCGUGGGCGCUCUCGGCCGGCGCCGACGGCACCAUACGGCUCUGGAUCUGAGCAAGGUCGGUGCCGCGACGCGCAGGCGGCCGCAACGCUUCCGCUGCAUCUCUGUAGGUGGCAGCACCCGCUUCUGUUGCGCUAGUGUAGGUAGCAGCACCAGUUGCGUGGUCCUCCGCCGACGCAGUGCUCGGCCCCGGGCGGGGAAAGUGUCGGACGCCGCGCGAACGAUUCUGUUAUUGUUUGUGUGCGUGCUAUGUGAAGACGUUGGGCCUCGGGUGUUUCCGCUUCGGUUCGUGAGAAUGGCAGGGUGUGUCUCGAGGGAUUUUCUCACCAAGUUGUUCCGGCCAAUUGUCGAAGUGCGAUCGCCCCAGCGCUCACAAACAAAUGACUACUGCUCUGCGGGGCACAAUGUGAAGGAAGGGAAAUAGGAGUAAUACAUUUCACAUUUGUA